CACAGCUUGCUCGUUGGCUCCACGGAGAUGUCCCCGCCCAGACUUUUCAUAUAAAAGUAGGCAGCCAUUUUCAUUUAGAAAUAUUGACGAACAUUUUACAUCCUCGAAGGUAGAUCAUUUCCUCCACUUGAAGUGUUGUAUUCUGUUCCCAUGGCAGCUGUUGGACAACGAGGCACAGUCAAGGAAUUUGCUGGGUUCAAUUCCCAAGAAGAUGCUGCCAAGUUAAGAAAAGCAAUGAAGGGUUUGGGUACUGAUGAAGAUGCCAUCAUUGAAGUCUUAGCCAAAAGGACUAUCGCUCAGAGGCAGCAGAUCAAGCUGGACUUCAAGACAGCUUUUGGCAGGGACUUGAUUAGUGAUCUCAAGUCUGAACUAUCUGGAAAUUUGGAGAUGGUAGUUCUUGGACUGAUGAUGACUCCUGAUGUGUAUGAUGCACAUGAGCUAAAGAAGGCAAUAAAGGGUGCUGGUACAGAUGAAGGAUGUUUAAUUGAAAUUUUGGCUUCCCGGAAUAAUCGUGAAAUCCAGCAGAUUGUUGCUACUUACAAGAAGGACUUUGGCAAAAAUCUGGAGGAUGAUAUCUGUGGGGAUACAUCUCACAUGUUCCAAAGAGUGCUCGUGUCCCUAGCAACGGGAAACAGAGAUGAAGGAAAUCAUGUUGAUGAGCAGCAAGCUAAGAAGGAUGCACAGAUACUGUAUGAUGCUGGUGAGAAAAAGUGGGGAACAGAUGAAGUUGCGUUCUUGAGUAUUCUUUGUACCAGGAACCCAGCACAUUUGAGAAAAGUAUUUGAAGAGUACAAGAAGAUUGCUAACAAGGACAUUGAGGCCAGCAUCAAGGGAGAGAUGUCAGGCAGUUUGGAAGAUGCUUUACUGGCAAUUGUGAAAAGCAUGAAGAGCCGACCUGCUUACUUUGCUGAGAGGCUGUACAACUCCAUGAAGGGACUUGGUACAGAAGACAGCACUUUAAUUAGGGUGAUGGUAUCUCGGUGUGAAGUUGACAUGCUGGACAUUAGGGAAGCAUUUCAAAGGAUGUAUGGAAAGUCUUUGUAUUCCUUUAUCAAGGGUGAUUGUUCUGGAGAUUACAAGAAGAUCCUCCUUCAAUUGUGUGGUGGAGAAUAGUUUGAGCAACACCUUGUGUCAAUGGAAUGAAGACCUUGCAAACUGUAGUGGCCUCACCCUUCAUUGAAUGACUUGUUUUAAUAUGCUUAUUGGGCUUUAACUCUUUUUUGCCUUAAUUAUGAUCUUCAAAUAUGCUUUUCUAAUCAAUGAAUUUAAAUAUGGAAAGCUUUCAUGAGAUCCUAAGCAGAUGCACAAUGCACUAAUCAACUCCAAGAUCUUAUUGCAAAACUGGACAUGCACUUGAAAAUUGUUUGUAAGUUGCUAUUCUUCAAAGCCCCUGUGCUGAUCCGAACAUUGGAAGCUGGGGCAUGCAUUUUGUAGUUUUUAAUGGCCUUCCACUGUGGGACUUAACCCAGGAACGUAUAGAUCAAACAAUAUAUGCAUUCUACUACAGUGUGGAAUGAAAAGCAAUAGCUUGAAGAGAAUAUAAUUUGAAACAAUAAAUUUUAAAGUUAAAAUUCAACGAGGUUGAAUUCUGGUUCCUAGUCCAAGGAAAUAACACUUGCAUCUUCAAAUUAAUGUUAGAAAAUACUGAAGGGGCAUCAAGACAGUGCUGCCAUGUUUUAGGAGGCUUGGUUUUGUUAUGUUUUCAUAGAAACAUAGAAAAUUUACAACACAAUACAGGCGCUUCGGUCCAUAAAGUUGUGCCAAACAUGUCCCUACCUUAGAAAUUACCAGGGUUACCCAUAGCCCUCUAUUUUUUCUAAGCUCCAUGGUGGAAUCUGGAAUCGUCUUAGCUCUGGAGCGCUUAAUUGGGAGCAGGGUGUGGGAAAUUACUGACAAUGUACAAUUGAGUAAUGAUAGUGUACAAGAUGCAUGUAACACUAUUUGUCAAAUUCAAAUAGAUUAUUUGAAUACAAAUCUAUUGUACUGUGGUGGAUGAGUGUCUCUCACUGAAUAAUUUGUCAGGUGUCACUUGUAAAUAUCUAAAUUUUGCUUGGGUACCACUUUAAAACUGGAAGCAGAGAGCCAUUGCAUUAAAGUACUUAUUGUAAUUCAAGGCUGUUCUGUUUAAAUAGUAUAUUCCAUUUUAGUUGCACUGAUAUGGUGACCUAUUACAUUCCUGUUCCAAUAUGAACACCUGAAUAAAAUUCUUAUGCCAGCCUGAG